AUGUUCAAGAAGGGGUACGGGUUCGUCGGCAGCGCGGAUGGCGGCGGCGACAUUUUCGUGCACAUCAAUAAUAAUCCGAACCUGGGCAGCAUCAAGAUGGGUGCAGCAGUUCAUGUGAGGGUUGUGGAGUCUGCUGGUGUCAGGCGCUAUGGCGUGGAGCUGACUAUGGCGGAGGGGGUAACAGGCCAUCGACGUUACAACAUAUCCAGCGUUUUUGCUGGCAAUGAGCAGAAGCUGGAGGACGAGACUGCUGGCACCAAGCGCUUCGGCGUGGAGUUGGCGUUGGCAGAGGAGGAACUGACGUUCAUCUUCCGGGAGCUUGUGCAGCUCAUGUGGGACGGCUUCUUCGACGGCCUUGACUUCCGCAAG